GCCGGUCUGCGCGGUAGUUUGGCUGGCCUGUUUCCGCGUAAGGAAAGAAGCAAGUGUAGUUGUUAGUGUUAGUUUUGGUGGCAUUGUGUGGUAGAUACAUUUUGUCAUGCAGUUUUAAAUAUAUUUAUUCGCUGAAAUGGAUUCACUAGAGGAAAUACAGAACUUUCUGGAUGUGGAUGCAAGAUUUGAUUUAAAAACCGCUGCUUUACAGUAUGUACUAGGUUUAACAGGUACAGAGGCAGGUCGAUUUUUGUUAUUACAACGUCCGUGUUUAUUAUCAUCCUUAAUUUCUCUUGCACAAGACAAGUCUGAGAGUAUAGCCAAGGAUGCAUGUUUGGCAAUUGUUAAUAUUUCUGCUGAUGAAGCGGGUGCACGAGCACUACUUUCAAAUCAUGACAGUAAGGGUGAUGGACAGGAUACAGAUUUAUAUUACAGUAAUGUUGUUGUGGUGAUGAUCAAGAUUAUCAUGGAUCCUGAUUCUUCUGUUGCUGAUCCUGGAUGUAUGAUACUUUCCAACCUGACUCGCUCUUCUGGAAGCACUGAAAGGAUGAUUGAGCUAAUUAAGAAAUGUGGGUUCACUUUGGAUCACAUUGUAUCUGUUUUUACUAACCAACAGUACAACAAAAAGGGAGCCACUCUUCACUAUCUUGGCUCAGUGUUCUCCAAUCUUAGUCAGUCAGCAACUUUCAGAAGUUACUUGUUGGAUCAUGAAAGAUGUGUCAUUCAGAGACUUCUACCUUACACCGAGUACUUACCCUCACAUGUUCGAAGAGGAGGUAUUGUGGGCACUUUGAGAAACUGUUGCUUUGACAUCGAGAAUCAUGAUUGGUUGCUGAGUCCAGAAGUGGACAUCUUGCCCCAUCUUCUUCUUCCUUUGGCUGGUCCUGAGGAAUUCACAGAUGAUGAAAUGGACAAACUCCCUCUAGAAUUACAAUAUUUACCAGAAGAUAAGAUGCGAGAACCGGAUCCUGACAUAAGAAAAAUGCUGCUGGAAGCUUUAAUUCAGUUGUGUGCAAAACGAAGUUCAAGAGAACUAAUACGUGACAAAAAUAUUUAUUUGAUCCUACGUGAGUUGCACAAGUGGGAGACAGAUCGAAGGGUGCUGCUUGCCUGUGAGAAUGUCAUAGAUAUCCUAAUCAGGACAGAGGAUGAAAUUGGUGAAGACAACAUUCGUGACAUUGAUGUUCCUCGUGAUCUACAUGAGAAGUUCCAGAAAAUGGAUGAAGAUUUCAUUAAGGACUGAAUUUUGUUUUUAUUUAACAUACUGAAUAAAAAAUGGACACUGGGAACUUGGCUCAUAACUCUCAAACUGAAAGACACACCCAGCCUUCUGUCUGGAGUGUGCCAAGAGUACUUUCCCUGAGAUGAAGAUUGCUGAAGCAUGGAACAAACUGCUUACCUCUGUCCAGUGUAGAGGUCAAGAAUGCACCACUCUUGGCCUCCUUGAUCCUUUGGGGCUUUUGUUUUUGUAACAUUUUGUCCAGUGAUAAUGUUCAUUUUAUCCAUAGAUUUCAAUGGGCAGAAGAAUUUGAAAGCUAUAAAUCUGAAUUGAAUAUAUGGCCUGAAUAUGAAAUGUAGUUUUGAAGCAUUUGUCUGUUAAUUUUGAGCCUGAAUUGAAUUUUAUGUAAGAGUGCAUUAUAUUUCCAAGAAGUGACAUUCCUCUCAAUUUUAUUUCUCCAUCCCGUCAUAUGAUCAAGAGUGUGCCGUGGCCCAGGUGGUAAGAUGCUAGGCUUCUCAUUGUGUAGACCUGACUUCAUGUGAGAUUAAUGGUUGUUAAAAUGGUACUGGAACAGGUUUUUGGUGAAUUUUUUUUCUGUUUUCCUGUGCCAGUCUUCAUCCUGCCAUUGCUCCUCACUCAUUAAUUACUGUUUCAUGUUGUGUGUGAUAUCCUGACAAGGUAGCAUGUUAUGACAUCCUUGGUCUGUAAACUGGGGUGCUUUGUUACUGAUCUGGCACUUGGCUGGUUACAGGGUAAGAGAGUUAAGGAAUAUUUUUUGUUAUACAGUGAAUAUUGUAAUCUUUGUGAUAUAAAUAAAACACAGGGGAAUUGUUGAUAUAUUUAUUGCACAUAUUAUUUAUACUUAAAUUAAUGGUUACUAAUAAACAUAAACAUAUGGGUGGAAAAUGUACAUCACCAGUUUAUCAUUUUGUGCACCCCUUAAAUUAUAAAUGUGUUCUAUUUCUUUCCCUAAGUUUUCAGGAAAUUAAAUAUAUUCACAACAAUAAAUUAUAGUACAUAAUUCAAAUGUGAAGAAAUUCAUUAUAUGCAUAGAAUUAUUCUAAACACUAAUUACAUACAACUGUAAUCAACAUUUAUCUCACCACAUAUAUGGAACACUGCUAGACAAAUACAGGUUACUUCUCAUUACCCUCAUGUUUUGAGCAGUAUACACGUCUGCAUCAUUUAGCUAGUAUGUUACUCCAGUCAUGCAUGGGACCGAGGACUAUCUACAUGAUAAUGAACAGACCUUGCCUAACACUACAGUAAAUGUACAAAAUGUAUUAAAUGUAAAGAUUUAAAAAAAAUAAAAGUAUCUCAGAAUUGAUGAAUCGUAUUUGUCAUGGGCUGAUUCCAGAGAAAACCCUUUCUGAUUAUAUACAAAAGACUGCUCACACAUUGAUAACCUAUUAUGUAACAUACAUUCAUGCACUGUGUUAACACUUUCGGUUCAUUGUUGUGGUAACCGAGAAUUUUAGAGCUUGCAUUCAUCAUUACAAACUCUUUAUUGUUUGUAUGGAGAGAGAUAAUAUAUAUAUACACACUUUUUUACUCACUGUUCUGAUUAUCUGUUCAGCAUGUGACCUUGGUGUUCCACUUUAUGGGUUUAUGGUACAUGACAUAAAAUAUUUAUCAUCAAGUUCAAUAAUUUUUGCAGGAAACACUGAGAUAUGAUAUAUAUAAUUUAGUAAAAAAAUAAUUACCGCAUCUCGUCAGUACUAUUUGGUUUGUAAACUCUAUAGAGUUCUCUCAAGACCACCAACGAAUGUAAGAUUUGAAAGAAUAUUUGUUUGGAUUAUACACAUCCAAUUUAUUGUUGUCAGAUACUAAACUUUUUAGCUUUUGUAGUGUAAUGAGUAUUCUGCCAGCCAGUAUUUGCCUGCCCCUGUUGUAACAAACUUUUCCCAACUGAUCUGCAGUAUUAAAGCCAUGUAAAUGAAAUAAUGACACUGAGGUUAUGAUGUGCAGCAUUACACAUACACUGAUUAUUAUGUGAUCUUUGGAUCAGGUGCAUAUAGUUACUGCAUAAUGGGGAGGUUGUGUCUGUCUUGUCUUUGCAUGGAUAAUCUCUGCAACUAGUGAAUGGGCUGUGAUAACAUCUGGUAAAAUGGGUUUCUACACCAAAAAAUUGCCAGUUAAAUUUGAUUCUAAUUUGUAUUGAUGUGAUAUAAUCCCUAUUUAACACAAAGCUCAAA